CUUCGGGAAGAACCUGCAGGACUCUGGUUUGGAGCAAUCGCCUCCGUAUCCCAAACCAACACUUCACUCUCUCUCCCGUGGCCAGCGGCUCCACAUACCUUCUCUCCCAUGCGCAUCUAAUCCACUUCCAAGCAGCAUCCAUGGCCUCUACUUCCACCUCUACUAUCUCUCUCUCCUCUCAUCCUAAGAUUUUCCUCCGACUUCAUUCGCUAGGGCUCCGACCUCUGGGAUUUCGCCGUUCUAGCUUCGAUUAUCAUGCCAAUGGUGCGUUGGUUUCGGUUGCGCACUGGAGAAGAGGUUUUAGGUUCAGAAAUUUGGUGUUGAAGGCUACGUUGAGGUCCGAGGGCGGCUCCAGGCGGGCUGCAACUUCUCGAAGAGUUUACAGGGAGUCUCAAACGGAGAGCUCCUCGGUGAUUGCCCCGCUGAAGCAGGUUGCCUCCAAUGUUUUACCUGCUGGCGUGUUCAUCGUGGUUACGUUCGUUUUAUGGAAAUUGGUGGAAAGACUCACGAUUCCGAAGUCAGAUAGGUCUUCAUCUGAGAGAAACAAAUCCCCAGCCCAAGAAGCUAAAUGGUCAUUCGGUGCUGGUAUAAAUUUGUUUCCAAAUCUUACCGCCAAGAUUGACAGGGAAGCCAAAUUGAAGCUUAAUGACUUUGCAAAAGAACUCCGGACUUUUAGAAGUGUCGACAUGACAGCACGCAACUUUGGAGAUGAAGGCCUGUUUUUUCUUGCUGAGAGUUUAGGAUACAAUCAGACGGUUGAGGAAGUUAAUUUUUCUGCAAAUGGAAUAACAGCUGAAGGGAUAAAAGCAUUUGAUGGUGUCCUUCAAUCAAAUAUCGUUUUAAAGACCCUUGAUCUUUCUGGCAACCCAAUUGGAGAUGAAGGAGUUAAGACCCUGUGUGAUUUGCUGGUGAAAAAUUCUAGCAUUCAGACGCUUCAGCUAAACAGUACUGACAUAGGAGAUGAGGGUGCAAAAGCUGUUGCCGAGAUGCUGAAGAAAAAUUCAAGCUUGCGCAUACUUGAACUUAACAAUAACAUGAUUGACUAUUCUGGAUUUACAAGUCUUGGUGGAGCACUUCUUGAAAACAACACUAUACGGAACAUACAUCUUAAUGGCAAUUAUGGUGGUGCCCUGGGAGCUAAUGCUUUGGCUAAAGGACUUGAAGGGAACAAAUCAUUGAGGGAACUUCACAUGAAUGGAAAUUCAGUUGGUGAUGAGGGCGUGCGUGCUUUAAUUUCAGGUUUAUCUUCUCGUAAAGGAAAACUUGCACUUCUUGACAUUGGUAACAACUCAAUCACUGCCAAAGGUGUCUUUCAUGUUGCCGAAUUCAUGAAGAGAACUAAGAGCUUAGUUUUACUGAAUUUGUUCAUGAAUGAUAUUGGCGAUGAGGGUGCUGAAAAGAUUGCUGAGGCUCUAAAGCAAAAUCGGUCAAUAAAAACUUUAGACCUGGGAGGGAAUAACAUACAUGCUGAGGGUAUUACCAAAAUCGCCCAAGCAUUGAAGGAUAAUGAUGCCAUCACCACUUUGGAGAUUGCUUACAAUCCCAUUGGACCAGAAGGUGCGGAGGCUUUAUCCGAGGUGCUGAAGUUUCAUGGAAAUGUAAAAAACCUCAAGCUUGGUUGGUGUAAGAUUGGACCAAAAGGUGCUGAAUUAAUUGCCGAAACUCUGAAAUAUAAUACUACAAUAUCUGUCUUGGAUUUACGGGGCAAUGGUCUCCGGGACGAGGGUGCAACUUGCCUAGCUCGCAGCUUGAAAGUGGUUAAUGAAGCUUUAACUUCACUAGACUUGGGUUUCAACGAAAUAAGGGAUCCCGGUGCAUUCGCCAUUGCCCAAGCACUCAAAGCGAACGAGGACAUAGCAGUUACAUCCUUGAAUCUUGCCAAUAACUUCCUGACCAAAUUUGGACAGAGUGCUUUAACCGAUGCGAGAGAUCACGUCCAUGAAAUGUGUGAAAAGGAAGUUAGUAUUUCAUACUAAAACGCUUCCUUUCAUGAACAUAUGCUGAAUUUUGAAGAUGCUGCAAGUAUGUUGUUUGAAUUCUUCUCCCCCCAAAGUUUUCAGUUGAUUUCUUGUUCGAGGGAGUAGCUUUGAAAUUUUGACGUCGAGAGGAAUAGGAAAUUGUAUCAUAAUUUCUCAUCUAUUCUUUAUUGGGUCUUAUAAACUUUUUCAAACCUAUAAAAAAGUUACCAAUAAGAGAAUCCCUUUUGUGUUA